AUGAAUACAGAUACUUUUCCUGUGACAGUCAUUGCCAAACAGCUUGAAUCCGCAACGGCCUCUGAGUUUCAAACUUUGCUGAACUUGCUUAGAUCUCCAGAUUACAUCAAUGAGAAGCUACUGAAAUCAGAAUUAGCUCUUUUGAUCACCAAGACUUUAGCCUUAUUGCGCUCCAGUGACGAUGAGAAGCUUUGGAGGGGGUGCCACGUAUCAGUUGUUAUUUGUUCUUUCAAUCCGUUAGUUUUAUGUUCUCACUCUGGUCAAUUGCUUGCUGCAAUCUAUUCAAAGUUGGAGCAAAAAGUCGAAUACUAUGCUUCAACAAUUAACACACCUUAUGGGACCUUUUUAUUCGAAACUUUGGUUUUCGCAAUAUCAUCACUAUGGGAGCUAAUGAGAGAUAAGCCCACACUAAGUAGAGAGAGUCUGACGCCAAAACUAAAAGCUAUCAUUCCAACCUUGAUUUCUUUAGCACAGUACCAACCAAAAUUUUGCUUACCUCUUUUGAAAAAGCUGCUUUAUAGGAGCACAACUACAUUCAAACCCUUUGCUUCCAGAUUUCGUCAACUUCUCAUCACCAAACUUUCUAAAGGUUAUGCCCAGUAUGAUAGAGAAACACAAAUAUUAUUAUGUGAAAAUUAUGCAUAUUUACAUCUCAUCAGGAUCAACCCCGCUCAGACCCAAGAUGAAGCACUAGCUCAUCACAAAGCCUAUCUAGAUGAAAAUUGGAGGAUUGGAUUGUUUUCUGUUUUGUCUCAGUUCAAACCGAUCAUUGAACUUUGUGAGGAAAUUUUACAGGUGGAUCAGGACGGUGAUUUGAAAGCAUUAAUCAACAGUUUGAACUUUGAUAGUUACUAUAAAGAAGAAGAGAGAAACGAGCACAACUCCUUACCUGGAUUAAAACUGGACAUGAAUGAGCCGCUUACCCUAUGUGAACUUCCAAAAAGACUAAAUUUACUGGUAGAUCUCUCAUCAGCAUUCAUAACUUCAUCAACUCCUUAUGCGGUUAGAAUACCUUUUGGCAUUUGCAUCAAUAUCAGCGAGGCGUUACUAUCCAUGACAAGAAAUUACUUGCCCUUGAGACGUGAUUUACGCCGCGAUGGGCAAUUGACUUCGAUUAUUAACACUACAAUCCCACAAAUUCAGUUUUGUGGCGUGAGAUUUCUUUCUAAUAUAUGUGAGGUGUAUGCCAAGAACUUUCUUUCAAUGAUACCGUCUGUCCUAAGUUCUUUAGAACUAUUUAUUCCAUUGAAGGCAAAAUCUACAAUUGUCGAUUUGGAGAAAUGUUCUUUACUGAGAAAAGAGUUUCUGCAGGUUUUCCAACUGCUUAACACUUUAUUUCCCCAUAUGGGGCAUCAUUUCCAGGAGAUUGAUCUAAUUACCAAGCUGCUUGAUGUUGCACUACACUUAUCAGAAGACCUUGUAUUAAUUGAUACUUUUUUCAAGCAGCAAUCGAUAGACAAAAUAGCUAACCAGCCUGGAAUGAAGAAAAGGCAAAAGAAGGAAAAUACGCCUGGUGCACUAUCAGAUUUAUACACGCAUUCAGAUAAAUUCAAUAUUAAGAAUAUACAGUUAUGGCAUGACGAGAUCAAUUUCUUUUUGAGAAGUGUCUUGAGUAAUUGGAAGUUGCCUUCACACCAGCAAAUUAAAAUUUUAAAGCAUAGUGUAUGCCGCUCGUUGAAACUAAAAGAGCAGCUUGGAUACAUUCCUAAAUCGUUCGUUGAAUUGCUAAGGACAGAAGUCCUAUAUCCUGGUAAUGAACGCGUUUCGGUUUUACCAAUUGCUGUCUCACUAAUGAAAGGAGCCACUGAUGAUGUAUUCGACCUCUUAUGUCAUCCUCGUCUACCUAUGGGAAUCAUCCAUUCCGUGAAUAAACCUAUUGCGCACACGGAAGAGUCCUUCGAAAACGUGUCUGAAGGCAAAUAUGGAGAACCAUUUGCGGAACCUCAAGAAGUUGCAGAUGAAUCAGAAACAAUUCGUGGUGAUGAACAACUUGAGGACCCCCCUGUUUCGAGUAAGACAGAAGAUCCCAAAGUAUUUAUCAAGCCUGAAAACGUUGUGCAAUCGAAGGAACACCUGACAAACAUUCAUGAAACACUGAUUUUAAAGAAAAGAAGCGUAGAUCAAGGUAUUGAUGAAGUUCAAAUCGUAAAACGCCUCAAAACUGAAGAAAUAGUUCCCAAGAAUGAGACGGUGGCUGCAAAGGAAGAACUUAAUCCGCACGCAAGUGAGGAGGAGGAUUCUGAAUUUGAGAUUCCAGCCAUACAGUUGAGUGACGACGACGAGGAAGAAGACAAUGAAGAAGAAGAUGAUGAUGAUGACGAAGACGGAGAUGACAAUGAAAAUGAUAACAAAGUUGAAGAUCAAAAUAAAGAUUAA